UCCGCCAAGUUCCGCCCCCACCCAGCCCGAGGCCCGGCUGCCGCCAUCUUGCGGGGGGCGCACCUCACAGGUCGGGAGCUGGGCGGGAAGGGGCGUGGUCCCGGGACCCACCCCGCCGGGGCUCUUGGGAGCGCGGGCAGCGAGCGCACUCGGCGGACGCAAGGGCAGCGGGGAGCACACAGAGCACUGCAGGCGCCGGGUUGGGACAGCGUCUCCGCUGCUGCUGGAGAGUCGUGUUUUCGGGGAUCGAGGAUACUCACCAGGAACCGAAAAUGCCGAAACCAAUCAAUGUCCGAGUUACAACCAUGGAUGCAGAGCUGGAGUUUGCAAUCCAGCCAAAUACAACUGGAAAACAGCUUUUUGAUCAGGUGGUAAAGACUAUCGGCCUCCGGGAAGUGUGGUACUUUGGCCUCCACUAUGUGGAUAAUAAAGGAUUUCCUACCUGGCUGAAGCUGGAUAAGAAGGUGUCUGCCCAGGAGGUCAGGAAGGAGAAUCCCCUCCAGUUCAAGUUCCGGGCCAAGUUCUACCCUGAAGAUGUGGCUGAGGAGCUCAUCCAGGACAUCACCCAGAAACUUUUCUUCCUCCAAGUGAAGGAGGGAAUCCUUAGCGAUGAGAUCUACUGCCCCCCUGAGACUGCCGUGCUCUUGGGGUCCUACGCUGUGCAGGCCAAGUUUGGGGACUACAACAAAGAAGUGCACAAGUCUGGGUACCUCAGCUCUGAGCGGCUGAUCCCUCAAAGAGUGAUGGACCAGCACAAACUUACCAGGGACCAGUGGGAGGACCGGAUCCAGGUGUGGCAUGCGGAACACCGCGGGAUGCUCAAAGAUAAUGCUAUGUUGGAAUACCUGAAGAUUGCUCAGGACCUGGAAAUGUAUGGAAUCAACUAUUUCGAGAUAAAAAACAAGAAAGGAACAGACCUUUGGCUUGGAGUUGAUGCCCUUGGACUGAAUAUUUAUGAGAAAGAUGAUAAGUUAACCCCAAAGAUUGGCUUUCCUUGGAGUGAAAUCAGGAACAUCUCUUUCAAUGACAAAAAGUUUGUCAUUAAACCCAUCGACAAGAAGGCACCUGACUUUGUGUUUUAUGCCCCGCGUCUGAGAAUCAACAAGCGGAUCCUGCAGCUCUGCAUGGGCAACCAUGAGCUGUAUAUGCGCCGCAGGAAGCCUGACACCAUCGAGGUGCAGCAGAUGAAGGCCCAGGCCCGGGAGGAGAAGCAUCAGAAGCAGCUGGAGCGGCAACAGCUGGAAACAGAGAAGAAAAGGAGAGAAACCGUGGAGAGAGAGAAAGAGCAGAUGAUGCGCGAGAAGGAGGAGCUGAUGCUGCGGCUGCAGGACUAUGAGGAGAAGACAAAGAAGGCAGAGAGAGAGCUCUCGGAGCAGAUUCAGAGGGCCCUGCAGCUGGAGGAGGAGAGGAAGCGGGCGCAGGAGGAGGCCGAGCGCCUGGAGGCUGACCGUAUGGCUGCACUGCGGGCUAAGGAGGAGCUGGAGAGACAGGCGGUGGAUCAGAUAAAGAGCCAGGAGCAGCUGGCUGCGGAGCUUGCAGAAUACACUGCCAAGAUUGCCCUCCUGGAAGAGGCGCGGAGGCGCAAGGAGGAUGAAGUUGAAGAGUGGCAGCACAGGGCCAAAGAAGCCCAGGAUGACCUGGUGAAGACCAAGGAGGAGCUGCACCUGGUGAUGACAGCACCCCCGCCCCCACCGCCCCCCGUGUACGAGCCGGUGAGCUACCAUGUCCAGGAGAGCUUGCAGGAUGAGGGCACAGAGCCCACAGGCUACAGCGCGGAGCUGUCUAGUGAGGGCAUCCGGGAUGACCGCAAUGAGGAGAAGCGCAUCACUGAGGCAGAGAAGAACGAGCGUGUGCAGCGGCAGCUGCUGACGCUGAGCAGCGAGCUGUCCCAGGCCCGAGAUGAGAAUAAGAGGACCCACAAUGACAUCAUCCACAACGAGAACAUGAGGCAAGGCCGGGACAAGUACAAGACGCUGCGGCAGAUCCGGCAGGGCAACACCAAGCAGCGCAUCGACGAGUUCGAGGCCCUGUAACGGCCAGGCCAGGACCAAGGGCAGAGGGGCGCUCAUCGCAGGCGCUGCCAGCCCCGCCACGCUUGUGUCUUUAGUGCUCCAAGUCUAGGAACUCCCUCAGAUCCCAGUUCCUUUAAAAAGCAGUUACCCAACAGAAACAUUCUGGGCUGGGAACCAGGGAGGCGCCCUGGUUUGUUUUCCCCAGUUGUAUCAUAGUGCCAAGCAGGCCUGAUUCUCGCGAUUAUUCUCGAAUCACCUCCUGUGUUGUGCUGGGAGCAGGACUGAUUGAAUUAUGGAAAAUGCCUGUAAAGUCUGAGUAAGAAACUUCAUGCUGGCCUGUGUGAUACAAGAGUCAGCAUCAUUAAAGGAAACGUGGCAGGACUUCCAUCUGUGCCAUACUUGUUCUGUAUUUGAAAUGAGCUCAAAUUGAUUUUUUAAUUUCUAUGAAGGAUCCAUCUUUGUAUAUUUACAUGCUUAGAGGGGUGAAAAUUAUUUUGGAAAUUGAGUCUGAAGCACUCUCGCACACACAGUGAUUCCCUCCUCCCGUCACUCCACGCAGCUGGCAGAGAGCACAGUGAUCACCAGCGUGAGUGGUGGUGGAGGACACUUGGAUUUUUUUUUUAGUUUUUUUUUUUUUGCUUAACAGUUAGAAUACAUUGUUGUACUCUUAUUAAUGAUCAGCUAUAUACUAUUUAUAUACAAGUGAUAAUACAGAUUUGUAACAUUAGUUUUAAAAAGGGAAAGUUUUGUUCUGUAUAUUUUGUUACCUUUUACAGAAUAAAAGAAUUACAUAUGAAAAACCCUCUAAACCAUGGCACUUGAUGUGAUGUGGCAGGAGGGCAGUGGUGAAGCUGGACCUGCCUGCUGCAGUCACGUGUAAACAGGAUUAUUAUUAGUGUUUUAUGCAUGUAAUGGAAUAUGCACACUUUUAAUUUUGUCAGAUUCACACAUGCCACUAUGAGCUUUCAGACUCCAGCUGUGAAGAGACUCUGUUUGCUUGUGUUUGUUUGCAGUCUCUGCCAUGGCCUUGGCAGGCUGCUGGAAGGCAGCUUGUGGAGGCCGUUGGUUCUGCCCACUCAUUCCUUCUCGUGCACUGCUUUCUCCUUCACAGCUAAGAUGCCAUGUGCAGGUGGAUUCCAUGCCGCAGACAUGAAAUAAAAGCUUUGCAAAGGCA